UAGCAAAGAUCAUUCAAUUGAAGGAUGGAUUGUCAGCGAAAACGAUUCUAAAUGGGCUCCACUUAAACUAGAUCCUGAUGUGACUGUUUAUAAAUUACUAAAUGAUGAAAAUUUAAAUGAAAUUAAAAGUUUUCGUUCAUUAUAUUUCAAAAACGAUGGAAAUCUUGUAUUAAUUAAGAAUGGCUUUAGAAUUUUAGUAAUAACAUAUUUACGAGUGUAUUUCGGCUUAGACAGAAUUCUAGUUAGUCGUGAAUUUUAUAAGGUCUUCUCGGACAAAGCAUUCAAAGAAAUAAUUAUUAGGGAAAAUAAAUUAUGGGCCAUUUCUUUAAAUUAUUUAUUUCAAUGGAACUUGGAUACAUUUAAAUUCGAAUUUGAUUAUUCACUUGAGUCUAACGGAAUUGACGUUAUGGAUGUUAUAAUGAAAGGGAAAGUUUCGAUUAAAGUAUUAAGCAAAAACUAUCUUUUGGCCUUUAAUUUACCCAAGAAAGGCAAGAAACAAGACAUAAGCUUAUAUCACACAACUGAAAACAAUAAACAACCCGUAGAGGGAUCAAAGAUUUUCAAUGAUGAUAACCUCGAGAAUGUUUUCACCCUUUUUGAAUAUAGUUCGAGGAGAGCAUUUUGA